GUCCGAUUGCCACGUGUCUAACUACUCCAAGAACAGCAAAUGACGGGAAGGCGGAGUAAUUGCAUCCGCUUAACAAAAAUACGGAGUAAUAAUAAUACGGAGUAAAACUAUUCAGAUAAUCAGAUUCGAGGACCGAGGAUCUUGGAAACUCACCCGAGCAGAGAGGAUCGACUCAUCGACAUCCACGAGGCGACGAACCGUCACGAACGACAAGUCGCCGACGGCCGACGCAGCGACGCUUGGACGCCUGCCAUCAUCGGUGCUCAGUGGCCUAAGCCUUUUGGUGCGCUGCACGCGGCACGCCUGCUGCCUCGCUUUACUUCUCGGGAGUUCUGGAGACUGAUCCUCCCAGUUGAGAUCUGCUGUCUCUUCCGCGCUUCUCAACAAUUUUAUUCCACAAUUUUACUCUCCUUACUGUAAGAAAUCUCAAAGAUGAGCUGGUGGUGGGCCGGAGCUAUUGGCGCUGCCAAGAAAAGGAUUGACGAAGAUGACGUACCACGGAAGCACCAGAGUGUGGCUCUCAUUAUCGGCGUCACCGGUAUAGUCGGCAACAGCCUUGCUGAAAUCCUCCCACUUGCCGACACACCUGGUGGCCCUUGGAAGGUUUAUGGUGUCGCCCGCCGCCACAGACCAGCCUGGAACUCUGAUCACCCAAUCCAAUACGUCCAGUGUGAUAUCUCCGAUCCGGAUGAUGCCAAUUCAAAGCUUUCCGUUCUCACUGACAUCACUCACGUCUUCUACGUAACAUGGACGAACAGAUCCACCGAAGUGGAAAACUGUGAUGCGAACGGGAGAAUGUUCAGGAAUGUUCUCAAUGCAAUCAUCCCCAAUUGCCCUGAUUUGAACCACAUCUGCUUGCAAACGGGUAGGAAGCACUACUUGGGUCCGUUUGAGUUGUAUGGUCAAGUUGCUCAUGACCCGCCCUAUGAUGAGGAUUUGCCCCGAUUGGAAGCACCCAAUUUUUACUACACCCUUGAGGAUAUCCUAUUCGAAGAGGUGAAAAAGAAGGAAGGACUAACAUGGUCUGUUCAUCGCCCUGGCACGAUCCAUGGCUUCUCUCCUUACAGCAUGAUGAACAUCGUUGGAACUCUCUGUGUCUAUGCGGCCAUAUGUAAGCACGAGGGAGUCCCAUUGAGAUUUCCCGGUGUGAAAGCUGCCUGGGAAGAGUAUUCCGAUUGCUCUGAUGCAGAUUUAAUUGCAGAGCAAGAGAUAUGGGCAGCUGUGGAUCCAUACGCGAAGAAUGAAUCUUUCAAUGUGAGCAAUGGAGAUGUGUUCAAGUGGAAGCAUUUCUGGAAGAUUCUGGCUGAACAGUUUGAUGUGGAAGCUGGAGAAUUCGAGGAGGGGAAGAGGUUGAGUUUAGUGGAGGUCAUGAAGGAGAAAGGGGCUGUUUGGGAGGAGAUUGUGAGAGAAAAUGAGUUGUUGCCUACGAAAUUAGAAGAGGUUGGUGUGUGGUGGUUUGUGGAUCUUAUCUUGGGUGGAGGUUGUCCACUAGAUACCAUGAACAAGAGCAAAGAACAUGGGUUUUUGGGAUUUAGGAAUUCCAAGAAGGCCUUUGUUUCUUGGAUUGAUAAGGUGAAAGCUCUCAAGGUUGUUCCUUAGCUACUUGGUCACUAUAUGUGGGUGCUCUUGUGGUUUUGUGUUUAUUUGUACCAUAUUUGUGGCAAAAUAUUGUUCUUUAUGUAAUGAUGCUUUUUGAAUAAAUGGGCAAUAAUACUUGCAUCUUCUUUGUUAAUCAAGCUUAAAAUGUUUACUUUGCUGAUCAAGAAUAAAUAACAUUUAGCGUAUUUAUUUGGCUGAAAUUGAUUUUACCAUAGUACUUUGCGUUUUUUCUUUGAAAGUUCAGGAUAUUUGGCCAUUUAUCAAGAAUACAUAUGUUU